CCCGACUUCCCAGCUUUGCCUGUGCAGACACUCCUGUGGGGACGACCUCGCUGGCUCCAUGAGACUGACGUACUCCGGGCAGGGGAACCAGUAUGAGAACAAUUGCUUUUGAACAAGUUCCUCACGUCUUUUAAAAUCUCCUGAGAGCGUCCUGCAUGGAAAGGGGUCCACUGAGCUCCAACUGAGACUAGCUGAAGCUGGAAGUGCAGACUUGGAGGAGGGUGGACUGAGGGAAAACAGGUUUAGCCUUUAAGUAUUGUUUAAGUGAACAUUUAUUCGUGCAAACAUGAAUCCUGUGUGGAAGAUUUACAAAAGCAAAGUGAUGAAGACUCUGAAUCCUGAGUAUGAGGAGGAUGCUGCUGAAGAGGUCACCGAGGUGGACGAUGACAUGAGUCCGGUGCAGGAAGAUGAAGGGCCAAACGCUGUAUCCCAACUGGCCAGAAAAAUGCAGGGAGCAGGAGCUAAAAGCUGGAACAGAUUAUCGACCCUCUUCAACAAAGAUGAUGAGCACCAACUUCUGGAGGAAACGGAGAGUCCGCCGGUCGCUGACCAUCCCCUGGCAGUCCCCCCUGAGGAGCCUCCUCGAUCUAACAAACGCACGGCAUUCUGGGAUAGCUUUGCAGCCAACUGGGCCGCCAAGAAGCAGGCUGAGGCUGCUGCUGCCGCGGCCGCGAGCGAGGGGGCAGUGGGGCCGGGCGAGGAGGGGAUUACUGAGGCUGCAGGCCAGGAAGGGCAGGAUGGGCCGGUCGUGGAGGGGGAAGAGAGAGAAGACGGCGGAAGAAGCAACGACAGCUUCUCUAAAUACGUCUCAUUGGGAGGACGCAGCGAGGAAACGUCCUUAAAGUGGAACUUUGUUACCAGCAAACUGGCUGAGCUGAAGACCAAGAGCACAGCUAAGACCAAUUAGAAUAUACACAACGUCAGGAAGUAUGGAGGAGUGUUCAGAGGCCGCGUAUAUAUUUACUGUGGAUGCCCUGACGUAUCAUGUUCUGAACAAUCGGCAUGUUCACAACCACAAAAAGUUACAACAAACCAAACCUACUUAUUCUCUUUUAUUAUGACAUUAAGUUCCGUUUGUUCAUUCGUAUUCGAUUCAAUUUACAAACUAUCACAAUAAACCACGAUAAACAAUUUUGGCAGAAACACUAGAGAAACACUUUGAGUCCAGGACCAAAGAUUAAGUAAAUGUGAAAUACAGAGACACUGUUAUCAUGCAGAAAAAAAAUCUUAUCCAUGAUUCAUUAAUUUAAGAAAGAGAGAGAAAUGAGGGAAUCCCCUUUUUUGAUUGACACGUUUGUGUAAUCUGAUAAAAGUUUGCCUCAGAGAUUAAGUGGAUGUACCAUGCACCUCUAUGUUCAUCUGUCCUUUUUUUUAGCAUCUUAAAAGCCAGCAGUGAAACAACUGCAGAUUUAACGGUGAUUUGGGUAACACUGGUCUGUUGGGGUUGUGUGGUGAAAUCAUUCACUCAAAGUGCUCAACAAACCUUGAAAAAGGAUCAUCAUACCUGUCAUCAAACUUGAGAUAAUCUGUAGUUCCACAGAAACUGGAUAAAGAGAUUAGAGGCAGUGAUAGCUGGAUUAGAUGAGGAUUAGCUCACUUAACCUGUGCAGAGGGCAGAGGAUUACCACAAACAGACCUGGCAGUUCAGUAAACCCAUGAUGUAACAAUCUGUGUUCAUUUACAAAAUAAUGUUUCCUCAGAUAUUUAUAUGAAAUGUAUGGAUCAUGAAUGUGUGUCUGUUGCGUUUAUGUCAGGUAAAACAGUGGCUUGAAUUUUCUGUGACUGAGACUAAAAUGUGCAAUGUGUGAUCCUGAUAAUCUUGAUUUUUAACGUGAUAUUUCUAGGGGGAAAAAGCACCGUACGACUCUAUCAUCUCUUUUUCUUUUUGGUUUUGACUGGCAUUUUAAUGAUCUUGUCUUAUUCUG